UCAACCUUUUGUAAUUCCAUAAUGGGUUUGCUGACUGUUGGCGUGCCGUUGAGUUGGGCCGAGACAAAAAAACAUGCAGACUUCGUUCGCCGUGAAGGAGCAAAACAGUUCGUUCGUCUGUGGCGUAAACAUUUAAACUCGACGGGCGCCGCCCUUUAUUGGGGCGACGAGAUCGAGUACACGUUG